ACUUUGUUUUGGCGGCAGUCGCUGAAAUCUUGCUAUAAAAGCCCAGCCGCCCAACGUCGAAUUAGUUAGAACGCUUUCGACAGUGUAAACAAUCAAUCCACCAAAAUGAAGUUCUUCAUUGUCUUCUUCGCCCUGAUCGCUGUGGUCUUAGCCGGUGGUUAUGGUCAGGGAGGACAUGGCCACGGAGGACAUGACCAGCAAGGACAUGGUCAGGUAGGACAUGGAGGAUUUGGUGGUCACGACCAGCAAGGAUUCGGACAAAAUGGUCACGGACAGCAAGGAUUUGGUGGUCACGGCCAGCAAGGAUUCGGACACGACGGACACGGCCAGCAAGGAUUCGGUGGUGGACACGGAGGAAGCCACGGUCAGCAGGGUGGACAUGGUCAGCAUCAUGGACGUUACUAAAACAAUCGGGCAAUUAAAAUAUACUGAAAACUAAAAACUAAAA